AUGAGAAUCUUCGCUCGCCUUCUUGCUCUUACUGCGGCCACAGCUGUCGCCGCUCCCACCAACGAGAUUAAGCGCCGUGACCUCGUCGCUGAUGACGCUCCUCACCAGGACGAUCCGAACUUCAUUAGCGCUGUCAUGCGGGCUCACUGGUAUUGGCGCAGAUUGCAUUGUGCACAGGACCUUGUUUGGGAUACUGAGCUUGCCGACGCCGCGCGUGCUGAUAUCGAGGAAUGCCCUAAAGACCCCGAGCAUAAACGCUCAGGCAGCAACCUCUCUUCCGUGAACCCACCUCCUGACGGGUACGACGCUUGGAUCGAGUUUGCCCGCACUGCCACCCACGGCUGGCACGAAGAGGAGACCAAGUACCCCUACGACAACCCACACUUUGAUCCCGCGUGGGGCCACUUCAGUCAGAUGGUUUGGCGCAACAGCACACGCCUUGGCUGUGCCCUUGGUCACUGUGACAGCGGUGUCAACUGGCCGGGUCGCUUCUACUGUUACUACUCCUUCUUUGGCAAUAAUAUUGCAGCUGGGCAAUUCGAGGCUCAAGUUUGGGCGCCUGUAUGUAGUGACCCUGACGUUGCCGAAGUCACGAAGCGCGAGGACGUCAACUUCGAUUGGGCUCGCGUUUGA